AUGCGCAGUGUUGGUAAAAUCAAUAACAACAAUUUAACCGUCCUAUUUGUGCCGAUCGACGCCGUGGGUCACGUCAACGCCAGCGUUGGUAUUGCCGAAGUGCUCAUACAAGCCGGACAUCAGGUGGUGUUUGUGGUGAGCGACCAAUGGAGGGGUCGGCUCACAAAGUACGGCAUCCAAGAGAUAUUGCUCACCGAAGCGGGUCGAGUUACCAUCGGUGCUCAAGUCAAAAAUACCCUGGGUGUAGGUUUGGCAGCGAUUGGAGUGAAGAGUGAAUGGAAAGCAUUCAGAGACGAAGCGAAUAGAGUUAAGGCUGGGAUUAGAAGGGAUUUCAAUAGCUAUCUAUUGGAUAACGGAUGCGAACCAAUAGAUUAUAAAGAAAUGACAUUUUUUUAUCAAUCAUUCAAAGAUUUGAAAUCAUUGCCACCAAAAUGGCAUCGAUUUGAUAAUUUCAAGCGUCAGGAAAAGCACGUAAUAUUUUACUUACCCAUGAAGUUGAGGGACAGACCGGGAAAAUUCAUAUACUUUUCAUUGGGAUCUAUGGGUGCGGCAGAUGUGGACAAUAUGAAGAGAUUAGUGACUAUUUUGUUUAUUGUAUCGAAAGGACCCAAACAUAACGAGUUUGAAUUGGCAGACAAUAUGUGGGGCGAGGGGUCUGUCCCACAGAUUCAAGUGUUACCGUUAGUUGAUUUGGUCAUAACCCACGGCGGGAACAAUACGGUCACCGAAACCAUGUAUUUCGGUAAACCUAUGAUUGUUUUGCCACUUCUCGGCGAUCAAUGGGAUAACGCACAGAGAGUUGAGGACAAGGGGUUUGGUAUACGACUCGAUGCCUACAAGUGCUCCGAAGAGGAGUUAUUGAAUGCAAUCCAAAAUCUAUUGAAUAAUAAGGAAUUGAAUGAAAAAUUGCUAAAAAUAUCGCAAAGAAUACAAUCGGAUAAUAGUAUCGCAAGACCCAAACAUAACGAGAUUGAAUUGGCAGCCAAUAUGUGGGGCGAGGGGUCUGUCCCACAGAUACAAGUCUUACCGUUAGUUGAUUUGGUUAUAACCCACGGCGGGAACAAUACUGUCACCGAAACCAUGUAUUUUGGGAAACCUAUGAUUGUUUUGCCACUUCUCGGCGAUCAAUGGGAUAACGCACAGAGAGUUGAGGACAAGGGGUUUGGUAUACGACUCGAUGCCUACAAGUGCUCCGAAGAG